ACGGGACAGUCGCCUGCCUCUUCGUCGUCCUCCCACGGUCCGGCCUAUUAAUUGGAGCUAGCGCGCCAGGCCAAAGCCCUACAGUGGUGGCGGACGUACGUACUGGGCGGGCGGUGAGCUAGCCGGCCGGCGAGGAUUGGAGUGCGGCGUUCCAUGGCGUCGCCGUUGCCGCGGUGGGCGCCGACGCCGAGCCCAACGCGGCCGCUCUGGCGAUGGGGCGGCGGCACGCCUGACGCUCAUCAUCCUGCCGCGGGCGGCGUUGGCACCGGCUGGUGGUCGCUCGCGAGCGGCGUCUUCGCGUGGGUCGCCCGCGGGGGCCGUCACCGAGGCACAGGCGACGACAGAGCCUGCGGCGGCGGCGUCGUCCCUGCAGGAUCCGGUUGCGAGCUGCAGGUGGUGGUGCCAUCGUCGGCGGCCGCGGACGCCGGCGCCCCCAGGGCGUUCCUGACGUGGGAGGACGUGCGCGUGACGGUGGCCGGCGGCGGCCCGCGCGGGGCGCCGGACGUGAGGAUCCUGGACGGCAUCAGCGGCCACGCGCGGCCCGGGGAGGUGCUCGCCAUCUUGGGCCCCUCCGGCGGCGGCAAGACCACGCUGCUCGACACCCUCGCAGGCCGAAGCCCUUCACCAGUGGUGGAGCGGCCGGCGAGGAGUGCGGUGUUGCGUGUGGGAAGGAGACGUACUACGCGACCUCUGCAGCUAGUAGCUGUCGAUCGAUCGGUAGCCAUGGCGGGCACGCCGUCGCCGUUGCCGCGGUGGGCGCCGACGCCGAGCCCCUCGUGGCCGCUCUGGCGCUGGGGCGGCGGCGGCACGCCUGACGACGCUAACAACCAUCAUCAGCCCGGCGGCCGAGGCUGGUGGUGGUCGUCGUCGUCGCUCCCGAGCGGCGGCGUCCCCGGACGAUCGGGGUGCGAGCUGCAGGUUGUUGAGGUGCCAUCGUCGGCGGACGCGGACGCGGACGCCGGCGGUGGUGACCCCAGGGCGUUCCUGACGUGGGAGGACGUGCGCGUGACGGUGGCCGGCGGCGGCGGCCCGCGUGGGGCGCCGGACGUGAGGAUCCUCGACGGGAUCAGCGGGCAUGCGCGGCCCGGGGAGGUGGUCGCCAUCAUGGGCCCCUCUGGCGGCGGCAAGACCACGCUGCUCGACACCCUCGCUGGAAGGCUAGGACCAGGCAUGAAUAAAAAAGGGCUGAUUUUAAUCAAUGGCCGCCAGGAGAAGCUUGCCUAUGGAACCUCGGCCUACGUGACCCAAGACAACGUGCUGAUGUCAACGCUGUCGGUGCGGGAGGCGGUGUACUACUCGGCGCAGCUGCAGCUGCCGGACACGAUGCCGUUGCCGGAGAAGCGGGCGCACGCGGAGCGGGUGAUCCGGGAGUUGGGUCUCGGCGACGCCAUGGACACGCGCGUCGGCGGCCGGAUCACCAAGGGCAUCAGCGGCGGGCAGCGGAAGCGGCUCAGCAUCUGCAUCGAGAUGCUCACGCGGCCGCGCCUGCUCUUCCUCGACGAGCCCACCAGCGGCCUCGACAGCGCCGCCUCCUACCACGUCAUGAGCCACAUCGCCCGCGUCGCCGCCCGCGACGACAUGACGGUCGUCGCCGCCGUGCACCAGCCCAGCGGCGACGUCUUCGAGCUCUUCCAUGGCCUCUGCUUGCUCGCCGCCGGCAGGACGGUCUUCUUUGGGACCAUCUCUGAUGCCACCGAGUUCUUUACUCUGAACGGAUUUCCAUGUCCACACCUGAGAAGCCCGUCAGAUCACUUCCUGAGAACAAUCAACAAAGACUUUGAUGAGGAAACCGUAGAGAGCUCUAAAACUCAAAGGAAAACAGCAGCUGAAGCAAUAGAAAUUCUGGCGACUGCAUACAGAUCCUCCGAUUAUAUCGAAAAAACGACAAACCAAAUUGUUGAAAUGAAAAACAUGGAUGGAGCUUCAUUUAGGAGGAGAGAACAAGCAAGCUUCGCCACAAAGCUCCUUGUGCUCACAAGGAGGUCAUUCCUGAAUAUGCACAGGGACAUAGGAUAUUACUGGAUGCGUUUGGGCAUCUAUAUGGGCAUUGGCGUAUGUCUAGGCACUAUCUUCUACCAAGUUGGCUAUAGCUACAGUUCUAUCCAGAGCCGAUGUUCAGUAAUAAUGUAUACAGUUGCACUUUUAACUUUCAUGUCUAUUGGAGGAUUUCCAUCUUUUGUGGAAGACGUAAAGGUCUUCAGAAAGGAGAGGCUUAGUGGCCACUAUGGUGUGUCAGAAUUUGUGAUCUCAAACACCCUCUCAGCUACUCCUUACCUAUCUGUGAUUGCUGUAUUACCCGGCGCAAUGCUUUACUAUCUCACCGGACUAACCAAAGGCGUGGAUCACUUCAUCUAUUUCGUCAUUGUCGUUUGCCUAUGUUGCCUUCUAGUUGAGAGCAUGAUGAUGGUUAUCGCCGCGAUUGUUCCGGACUUCCUUAUGGGGAUCAUCGUUGGAGCUGGAGUGCAGGGGGUGAUGAUGCUCAAUGGGGGCUUCUUCCGCCUUCCUAAUGAGCUCCCAAAGCCUGUAUGGAAGUACCCUUCCUACUACAUCUCCUUCCAUAAGUAUGCAGUGCAAGGGCUCUACAAGAACGAGUUCAUGGGGCUCUCUUUCCCAAGUGAUCAGCUGAUUGAAUCCAAUGUCACCAUCAGUGGCAUUCAGGUCCUGAAGAAAAACUUGCAGGUGGAGAUGGGGUACUCGAAAUGGGUGAACCUUGCCAUCCUUUGUGGAAUGAUGGUGAUAUACAGGAUGAUGUUCUUCGCUAUCGUCAAGAUUACCGAGGAAAUUCGACAAAAAAGGGGAGGCAAACGAGGAUGUGUUAGAUAGUAGUUGCCUUCUGUAUAUAUAUGUCUUUCAUUUUCCCAUUCUUGUAUCACUUUAAUGACCUAAUUGUAUAAACUGCAAAUAAUGCUUUGGUUGUC